AUUCAUAUGUCUCUUGUUGACGCGAAUUGACAUAGAAGUGAAAAAGUUAAGUGUAUUUAUUAAAUCCUGGAUAAUAACGAUGCCACAAGAUUUAAUUCAAGAUGUGGUAGCUAUAAAGGAAUGGAUGUCAAAAGAACCACACUUGCCUCAUUAUUUUGAUGAUGAAAUGAUAAAAAAAUUCCUGCACAGCUGUUACUGGAGUUUAGAGAAAACAAAAAAAUGCAUAAACCGAUUUUGCACAACCCGAAGUCUAAUGACGAAUGAAAUUUACUCAUCCAGGGAUCCUUUUGCACCUAAACUGCAGUACAUGUUAUCUGUGACGGUUGCUGCUUCCUAUGAAUUUGAAAAAGAGGAAAUAAUUGUAUACAAAUACGACGACCCAACAGUUGAUAAAUUUAAUUUCUACGAUGUCUUGAAGACGUUGACAAUACAAGUUGACCAAUGGAUCAAAAAUAAUCCGAUUAUAGCGGAUGGACACUACUUAAUUGUCGAUAUGUCUUAUUUUUCGCUUAAGAUGAUACCGAAAAUGAACAUUAUGUUUUUCAGAGAUUUUCUACUAUUUUUGCUGGAAGGCAUGCCAGUGCGACUGAAAAAAGUGAUUGCUAUCAAUGCACCCUCGUACUACGACAAGAUGUACGCCCUCGUCAAACCUGCUUUACCCGCCGACAUUUGUAAAGUGAUCCAUUUCUACUCUGACCACCAAAGCUUAUACAAAUACAUAGACAAAAGAUAUUUACCCUCUGAAUAUGGGGGCGAUGCGCAAAGUAUGUACGAACAAAACAAAAUGUGGCUGAAAAAAAUACAAGAUGACAGACUUUUUUAUCUCGACGAAAACUUAUGGAAGGCUGAUAUGACGAAGAAGUUGAAAAAUAGUAACACCGACGUAACAAUGAAUGGCUCCUUUAAGAAACUAUCCAUUGACUAAUAAUAAUUUAACUAAAAAUAACAAACCAAAACUUAUCUAUAAACAAUUGCAUUUGGAAAAAGGAAGAAUACAUUUCGCAGACACAUAAAAAACUAAGAAAGAAUUGUAUUAUUGAUUAGACAUAACUUAUGCCUCACAAUAUAUUUUAUUAUUCAAAAUAUAUUUAAGUUAUUCAGACAUACAUUCUGAAUCAUUCGAAAAGUGGCAGGAAACCAACUCACCAACAAAAGCAUUUUCAAUGAGAAUUGGCAUCAGGCAGGCGGCUGGUACUUCAAAGUUUGCGAAAUUAUUUUUUAAGACGUGUUUAUACACUGCGCUGAGUCCUAAAAAUUAGAUGGUGACAAGCAAAUAAUCAGGACUGGACUAAGAGAUCGAAGGCAACUUGGCAAAAACAACAACGCACUUUAAAAUUUGAGAGACUUCAUAGAAUAGAGUAAAAUUAUAUUAUUUUUGGCUGGGUGAAAGUUUUGGCUCACUGGGCCUCUUGACCGGUGUCUUGUAGGCCUGGGAGCUGUAAGUAAUAGUAAACUUUCUCGAUAUAGUGAUAU